GUGAUAGGAGUGAUAGGACAAACAGCACAGGUUCCCUUGUUUGCUGCCCAACAACCAGUAAUAGUAGUAAUGGUUGUUGUGUCGGAGAUUUGACAGACCACUCCAUUCUUCGCCAUGGAUACUGGCCAGGAUGACUGUCGGUUACCUCUUUUGAACGGUUCACCACCAUCCAAAACUGCCAUUUUCUGUGCGAUUAAUCCGUUGCAAACUCCCACAAACGAUGAAGAAACUUCCAGCACUUUGCCAACUGAACUUGAGCUCAAACCCCGCACAGUUAAACAGACCUACUCUCUUUGUGAAAACCUUGCGAUUGAUGAUCUCAAAAAGUUGCAAGACUGGCUGCUACUGCAAAUCUACAAUACCUCUGACACGCUGGUUGGGCUGCUGCAGGAGAGACAGCAGCUGAGUGAAGAAGCUCAUGUCCGACUAAUCAGCAUAGAGCAGCUACACAGGCUUCUGGAGGCUAGGUGUUUUUAUCGUGGACUUUCCACUGGACUCUUUUCAUGAUGAUUAUUACUUACAUUUGUCUGGUGAUAUUCAAGUCUUCUGCUGCAUUUUCGAUUUACCAUUAUGUACAUUCUUGCAAAAUGUCUCGUCACUUUACAGUAUUGAAUCAAGUGUUUUGUC